ACUUGCAACGCGGCGGCCAAUUUACGCGUUCAUUUAGUCCAAACCAACCAACGUUUAUAUAACCGGUUCUUGUGUUCCGAAUGAACCACGAAAACGCCAGCUAAGUGUGUGGUAGCGGAAAAGGCGCGAAAGCUCUCACAAUACCGCUAGCUUAGAGAAACCCGGAAGUGACGUCAGAAGUGCUCUCUCCAAGAGAUCGCGAAUCGCCUGCCGCUGAGAACAGAGUGUGUCUGUCGACAAGAAGAAUUAAUGAGGCCAAAUCUUAGGAGGUGCCGCCACGAUACCCAAUUUGCACACACGAUAUUACACAUGAUAUACAGAAACAAUGAAAGCACGAGCACUAAAAUAGUUAAACAACAAAAAGGCCACACCUAAUAAAAACGGUCAUCUGGUACGUAGCGAAUGAUUUUAUUUAGUCUAGGAUAACAGCCAAAGCCCAAUUAAAAGGCACGGAAACGCAUCAACAUGUUGUUCCUUCCUAAAUGGCCGACUCCGAGUUUUCUUAUUCGUGUUAAGCACGCGUACGUAGAAUCAAAUGGCACAAAGAGUCGGCGCGUGUGGAGGAAAAGACAAAAGCCAGGGAUUAAAGAGUUUGUUUUGCACAAAGCAACAACAAUAUCAAGAAUAGAAUAAACUGUACAGAUUGACCGUUAUAAAAACGCUGGCGUUAAACAGACUUUCAGAGAGACAGUCCAAGGAGACAGACAAACAACAAUAUGAAUUUCCAACAAGUGACAUUACUCGCGAUGUGCAGUAUUCUUAUAGCAACUCUUCAAGCACAACCAUUCAGUACACGUGACAAGGCCCAACUGGAUCACUACAGUAGACAGAUGAGCAAGAAAAACCAAGUGGCCACUCAUAUCUUUGGCAAGCCGGUCAUUAACCACGUCAUCCCAUCCCACUCCCGGCGAGUGACAUUGUACAACAAACUUGGCUUCUACCUAGCGCUAUACGACAAUGGUACCAUCACCGGGGAAGACUACGAGUACUGCCAGGGGUACAUGGAAAGCUGCGUGUUCAACUUACAAUCGUACGGGACAAGUAUUGUUCGCUUACAAAAUGUCAGGACUGGGCGCUACGUAGCUAUUGGUCCCUCAGGAACAGUCUACACUACGAAAGCAAGAAAAGACAAGGACACUCUGCUGAAAGAGCGUAUUCUUCCAUCCUUAUAUACUGUCUUUUGGUCCUACACCAACCAUGGUACUAGCAGAAGCCAAUCCGGGUCAAUAAACUUCUACCUUGCCAUGAAAAGGACGAGGGAAGCAAAAAAUGCUAACAAGACAUCUAUUACACACAAAUCAGGACAUUUCCUACUUGAAUUCGUCAGGCAAAAUCAUCACGUACUACCAUGGUUUUAAACAUUUAGGCUACUAUUAUUUAUUAAUUGGAAUUCAAGAAUAAAAAAACGAGACAUAAGUAAUUGGACAAACUAUUUAUUGGAAUUUUGCUUGGAUAACAAACAGAUGUACUUUUAUUAAAGAACGUGCAACUAAGACCAUAAAAUUAUUUGAAGUUUCUGUGUAUAUCAUUGAAUAAUAUAUUCUAUAAUUUAACAUCAAAA